UCACCAUCCGUUGUCAACAUUCGGGACUUCAACGGUGGUCAACACACACUGCAGAAAGACGAGAUCUGCGUGUUAACUCCCACGCUUACCCUUUAGGAUUGGCAUUGCAGUACCUGGAUGAUGCUAGGCAUGACCCUGAGAAACGACGUCAGAAAAAGCUUGCGAUGAACACAUUGAUGUAUCUGCCUCACGGAGCUCUAGCUAUAUAAACAGGACACUGCUUGUGUUACUUCCGUUCCAUAUCCCCUAAACUUUCCAAACAUCACACAACUCAUCAUGGCAUCCCCACAAGUCGAACAAAAGCAGGACUCUCCCAUUGACAGUAGCUUCAGCAUGGACAAGCUCCGCGCUGCUCUUCCUGUCGAUGCCGUCCUCAGCAGAUCCCAGUCCAUGUACUCCAACGUUGGAGGUGGUUAUUCCGGAGAGCAUUCAUCAUCCAGAUCUGGAUCGUCUAUGGCACACCGCUCCGUGCGCCGCUCCACAUCGAGCGCAUCUCGUCGCCGAGGCUCCGUUGCAUCUUCUUUCCGCAACUCAUUGGCCAUUGAGAACACUGGUCAUGCCGAGGCCAAGUUCUUCGCCUUCCUCGACAUGGUUGCCAAUGCCUCUAGAGAAGCUUCAUCAUUGAAGGAGCUCUGGUCGCAGAUGGCUGCUGAGCGCCGCAACUUCGCUGCCGAGCGUGAGGAGCUGCGUGAGCAGAUUGAGGAAGUUUCAUACGAGCUUGAGACCAGACAGAACGACAACCACAGACAUGAUGGCGAGCUUGUUGAGCACAAGGAGAAGGUCCGAUCCAUUUCCAUUGAGCUCACCACUGCCAUCAACAGACUCGCAGCCGAGAAGAACAAGCUCAACGAACGCGACCAGCACAUUGACCGCCUCCGCAACGAACUUAUUGGACAGCAAGAGCUUCAGUCUACUUUCCGCUCUCAAAUCGACCGCCUCAAGGCCGAGUAUCAGUCUCAUGAGACUUUGUUCAAGGCCAUGCAAGAUGACCGUGAUGGUGCAAGAGAAGAUGCAGACAGAUACCAGCGUAGUCUCCAGAGAGUCACUCAAGAGCGUACUGAGAUCACCAGCAGACUCGAGGAGGUCCAGACCGCCCUUGACACUCUUCGCAAGGAGGCUCUUAUCUCCGCAGAACGUCUGAGAAAGUAUGAGCUCGACCAGGACGAGAAGAUCCAUGAGAUCAACCGCCUUAAGGAAGAGCUCCGCAAGUCUCGCAGCAGAGAGGAGGAGUCCGGUUCUGAACUUCUUAUCAUUUCUGAGAAGUACAGCCAGUCCAACCGCGACAUCAGCAAGCUCAAGGACACUCUCCGCACUGUUGAGGGCGAACGCGAUGAGCUCACCCACAUCGUCGAUGUCAAGAACCGCGAGAUCAAGUCCACCAUCGCCCGCCACGACGAGGUCCAGACUCUUCUUCUCGAGAAGACCACUCUCCUUGACAGCCUCCGCCGCGAGUUGUCUCUCUUCGAAGACCGUCUCCGCAGUGCCGAGCUCGAGAGAGAUGAGAAGCACGAAGCCCUCGAGCACUCCCGCGAGCAGCACAAACUCGUCAUCAUCACCCGCGACGAACUCUCCAACGAACUCAUCACCGCCCAAGGCAAGGUCGACGCCUCCAAGCGCCAAAUCGCCCUCCUCACCGACACCGCUCAGAAGACCGAACAGGUCAUCAUCGACACCCGCGCCGAAGUCACUCAACUCAACGGUACCAUCAAGGGUCUCGAGCGCGAACGCCUCGACUGGCAAAAGAAGAACACCACCCUCACCGACCAGCUCGUCGAACUCAAGGGUCGCAUCGUCAUCCUGCAAACUGAGAUCCACGAAGCCGGCGGCGAGCGCGAAGGUCUCCGUGACGAGCUCCGCCGUUCCCGCGAAGAGCUCGAGGAGGUCACAGAGACCAUCACUCAAGACGAAUCCGCCGAGUUCGAAUUCGAACUCGAGAACAUGCGCGCCAUGCUCCGUGAGGCCCGCGAGCAAAAGGAACAAGCUAUUGCUGCACGCGCCUCUGCUGACCGCGAGCGCGAUGAGGUUUACUCCAAAUACGAGAGCAAGUGCCGUGAGCUUGAGCGCUUUGAGGAGGAGGCUUCUGCCCGCAUGCACGCUGCUGCUUCGUCUUCUGGCGGUUCCAAGUCCUCGACUACCACCACUACCAGAAAGAGCAGAGUCUCCGGUGGUAGCUCGAUGCAGCAGAGCAGUGAGCAGCAAUCGUGAUUUGCUUUGGGGGUCAAAGCCAGAAUCAGCGCAAUUGAAAUGAUUUAAUGCCGAUGUAUCAGUAGCAUGAAGUAGUAGUAGUAAUUUGACGAUGUAUCUUUCUUAUCCUAUGCGGGUC